AUGAUCAACACUACGAAUCAUUUAAUCUUUUCCGGUGAAUCUCAAUUUUUCAGACCCUUUGGAAUGGACAAGGAUCAUCUACAAAUACCUUUUUCAACUCAUUUUCCAAGAUUAGGUGCUAUCAUUAAUCCAAGAUACAACACCAAGAAGAUGAUUAGCAAAACAAAUAUUGAGGAGUUGGAGCAAUUUAAAACAGACGAAAAGACAUCGGAAUUUUUAAGACCAAAACCUUCCGGUGGUUUUACAGGAUUUAGUAUACGAAACGGUCAAUUAUCAUCAGAAUUGAAAGAAGAAAUUUUUGCAGCCCGGUUGGACGAUUUUUUUGAGGACAUCAAACAUUCAAACUUUCAUUCACCAGACAAAGGUUUAGCGUUAUCACCCCCCAGCAUCAGAAGGAGCAAAUCAUGCAGUGCUUUAAAUGACAUGAAAUUGCCAUCUAUCGAAGGCAAUUAUUCUUCAACUCGGGUUCAACGUUGUCAUAGUGAUGUGAUUGAGGGAUCGGUACAUGGUUUGAAAAACGUAUCAGCUUUAAGUGAUCUAAAGAAUGUUUCAACUUCAUCGACAAUUCAUAAUGCAAAUAGUCACAUACCUGAUUUAAAAUUGGGCAAAGCCAAAUUACCUGUGAGAUCUGAUAUUAUUGAAAAUAGGAAACUCCAGCAUGAAAAAAAUUGUCAACCUUUAACAGUCUCAGGAACUGAAAACGUCCAUUGUACAAAUGAUCAAUCAAUUAAAGACAAAUAUUUACGGAAAUGUUCAAAAACAAAAUUAAGAGUAUCUCGUCAUAUUAAUGCUGACAUUACAAAUCUUCCAGCAGAAUUUGGGAAUCAUAAAAUUACUGGAAUAGGUAAACAGGAAGGAGUAGAUGUUGAAACAGUCCCUAAAACAACAGCUAAUUCAACUAAUAAAAAAAGAAAAUGGUCAGACUCCCCAAAUUUACAGCGUUGUUCUCAAACAGUUAUCAUGCAGCCUACAAAUCUGAAAAUGGAUCAAUAUACCUUUCGUGAUUCGGAUCAAAAUACGCUGAAUGCACAACGCAGUUCAUAUAAUGAUGAUAUUGUCUCGUUUGUUGUUGCUAAAAACAGACUACUAGCCGACAAUGGUGAAGCGGAAAUUGAUUUAAAAAAGUUGUCAUCGUUGUCAGACAUGGAAAAACCUAAUGUUGAAAAAAUAAAAGAAAAAGGAAAUUCUAGUAAAGUCCUGGGAAUUUUCAAGCACUACUUCCUGAAAAGUAGUAACUAUAAUAAUCAUCCAGCUGAAAUGAAUUCAUUUGUGGAAUCAUCUCCUGAAUAUACUCAAUCCAAUAAAUCGCUUGCCACAAUUGCUUCUACGUGUAGUCAGGGUCAAGAUUUUGUGAAAAUCAAAGAAACAGGCAUUAAAUCACCUUUUGAAAGUCAAAUUAAAAAAUUUUUAAAAAAGACGUCCAAUUUAAUCAAAAGCUUUGCUGAAUCCACCAGUGACAAGGACGACAUAUAUUUUAAUUUUGGACCAAUAUUGAAACCUGAAUUGGAGCAAGACCCUAAAUUUUUAACUAGUUUGGACCCAUUCUCUCAAAACAAUGAGAAAAUGCAUGAGAAUUUUUCAAACGGUCUACUACAAUUACAAGGUCAAACAAAUGUCAUUAACUACCCUAAACGCGGGAUGAAGAGAAAAAUAAGUUUUAAUAGCUUUAUAAAAUCUGAGUCAGCAACUGAUACGAUUAUGUAUUUUAAAGAGUAUGUAAAUUUAGUAUUUUAG